ACCUGAGGAGUCUCGCAAAGUCGGGGAGCGGCGGGUGGCGCGUGCCCCAGCGCGAGGCUCUUCAGCGCGCGCUGACAUCUGAGCACUCUAUACAGCUCGCGUGACCGUUGAGCGGUUCAACAACUGGGGAUGGUUCCGGCUUAGGCCCCGCCCUCUCCGAUUUAUUUUCGAAGUGUGAAGGCGGCGGCGGUGGCGGCGGGCGCUAGGCUUCCUGAAACUGAUUCUAUGGUGCUGUAUGGCAUCUCAAACUGUUUAAAAAAUGGAAGCAAAAAGACUGAUUGGCAAGCCUCUCCAACCAGCAAGACCUGCACGCCACCUUUCUUCCCACACAUCUGUUCCCCUUGUAUCAGCAACUGCUUUCAGUUUUCAGGAUCAGUUUUCAUCCAGCUCUUCUGUAUGUCUGUGUAAUGAAAUUGGUUGGAUGUGUAAAUCUAAUGGAAUGCAAGUCCUAAAUGAAACUCUGGUUCGUCCAUCAGAACAACAUAAGCCUGAAGUCCCCAAAGAAAGAAUAACAUAUAGUAGAGAUUUCCUUUUGAAGCUUUCAGAGGUUUCACUUGCCCAAAAGAAACCAGAAUUUCUUCCUGAUCAUCCUGUUGUACUCGAAAAAGCAAUGUUUCCAGUGGCUAAAACAACACAGACUGGAAGCUUGAAGCACCUUCCCCCCUUGGAGGGUUUGAAGCUGCACCAAGUGGUGGACCACUUUCCAAAAAAAACUGCUUACUGCCUAUUGCAGGAGGUGAUAGGUCUGUCUGAAGAUGAAGAAUCUGUCUUUUUUGCUACUGAAAAUUAAGGGAAUGUGAUCUCCAAUACCAAUAGACUGUAAUCUGAUGUCUCUUUCACAGUCUGUGUACCCAGUAAUUCAUGUCAGUAAAGCUAUUUUCAACAGAA